ACUAAUUAUUGACUGAUAACCUAGCCAUGUGCUUUCAUUCUUAGCUUUCUCUGCAAAAUGAAUAUACAAUCUCUGAGUGCGUGCAUUUACUCGAUGUGUAGGUGUACAGACACAACGCAUUGGCGACGACUGCGAAUCUGAAUGUCGACGGGUUCAGUUACGGGACGACAGAAUUCGGGGGAAAGAGUGUAUCAGAACGAACACGUGAGUAACAGUGCCCGUUGCACAGUGAGAGACGCACAACUAGUGAAAAUAACGUGACGAUGGCUUCAGUCGGGAAAGUUGACAAAUUUGAUAGUGCUAUUGAAGACUGGGAAUCGUAUAUCGAGAGGGCUGUACUGUAUUGUAAUACUAACGAGGUGGAUGAUUAAAACAAAGUCUCCACGCUUCUUAGCUUAAUGGGUACUAAAACGUAGUCUGUUACUCAACUUAGUAAAAGCAAGCAAGCAAGACAUUCAACAAAAUUGUUGAAAUUCUACGAACUCAUUCCCAUAACUGCUAGUAAUAGCGGAGAGAUUUAGAUUUCACAAAAGGACCAAAAGGUGAAAGCAUUUCUGAAUACAUUGCAGAUCUGCACAAACUUUCCUAAUACUGUGACUUUGGAGAUGGACUUUCUGAUGUACAAAGGAACAGGCUUGUAUGUGGCUUGCAUAGUCAAAGCACUCAAAAGAGGCUAUUACCCAAAAGAGACCGAAGCUUAGAAUGGACAUUGACCUCAAUGGAGACAGCAGCAUAGGGUGUCUCAGAAAAGAGAAAAAGAGUUUAGAAUGUGAAACACACAAAAUGUCCCUGAAUGGUUCAAAAAGUCAAAAAUGCUGUUGUUGUGGCAAAUCUUCCCAUGAUACAAAUGUUCAUAGAAAAAGUUUACAGUAUCGUAGACAAAACCACAUAGAGAGAGUGUGCAAGUCUGACAAAAAGCACAACCAAAGAGAAAAUCCACACUGAAAAGUUUCAAACACAAAACUGAACAAAUACAUAAAGUGACUGAAUGUGAAACUGAAUCAGACAACACAGAGUCUGACAAAAGUGAGCUGUCAAUGCCAAGAACUGCUUGGUAUAACUGAAGAAGAUCACAAAAUCAUAUAGAUCACAACAAAUGUGUCUGGUGUAAAACUGAAAAUGGAGUUGGAUACAUGGUCAGCUUUGUCUGUAAUUUCUGAGGCUGACUACAACAGAUUGUUUUCUAAGCUACCAUUAGAAAAGACCUACACAGGCAAAAAAGUUUCUCCCACAGGCAAACUGAAACUGAACAUGACGUAGGGAAGCAAAAUACAGCAGUUAGAGCUUUAUGUAUUGGAAAGUGGAGGGCCAGCACUUUUCUGAUGUGACUGGUUGAGAAAAAUCCAACUAGACUGGCACUCAAUCAAAGCUCUCAGUGUGGCAUCAGCAGGCAACUACAGCCCAAAUAGUAGCACUAACCAGAGACUGUCACAACUGCCUAAUGCUAAUGAGAAGGUGUUUGAGAAGGAGAUUGGUAAACUCACGAAAUGAAGGCCAGAAUUGGCAGCACCAAGGUUCCAAAAAGUGAGUCCAGUGCCAUAUGCAUCAUGUCCUAAAGUGGCUACUGAACUGAAGAGCUUGGAGGCAUCUGGAAUUCUCUCCAAGGCUGAGUGGAGUGAUUGGGCCAUGCUCAAUGUCCCGGUGAUCAAGUAAGGGGAGGCCGGAGCUGUUUGCAUAUGCAGGGACUUCAAAGUGAACAUCAGCCCAGCGCUGUGUGCCGUGAAGUAUCUUCCGCUGGAAAUAGAAGACGCUUUUGCAUCUUAGGCAGGUGGGGAGAGGUUUUCAAAGAUUGACUUGUCACAAGCAUAUCUGCAACUGGAGAUUGAGGAGUUAAGCAGGAAGUUCCUCACAAUCAACACUCACAAGGGACUGUCCCAGUAUAAUCAUCUCAUCUUUGGCAUCGCAUCAGCUCUAGCAGUUUGGCAGAGAAUGGACCAAGUGCUCCAAGAUAUCCCAGGAACACAAUGUUACCUUGAUGACAUCAUCGUGACUGGUAAGAAUGAUGAAAAGCACCUCCAAAACCUUGGUAAAGUGCUUACCAGGCUGAGUGAAUAUGGUCUGCGUGCAAAGAGAGACAAGUGUGAGUUUUUCAAGGAUGAGAUCUCAUUGUGGACAUGUCAUUGACAAGUGUGGCUGACAAAGGUCAUGAGAAGAUUGAAGCAGUGCUGCAGGCACCCAAACUGGAAAAUGUUUCACAUCUGAGCUCAUUCUUGGGCCUUGUAAACUACCACCACCGGUUUCUACCAAACAUUGCUACAGUGCUGACCCAUUGAACAGACCGUUGCAGACAGGAGCAAAGUGGGAAUGGUCAGAAAGAUGUGAAAGAGCGUUUAAGGAAACAAAGAAACAUCAGAUGAACUGCUCAGCCAUUAUGACCCAUCCCUGCCCAUCAAACUGGGUGCGAUGUGUCCCCUUAUGGCAUUAGAGCAGCUUUGUCAUGCUAUGAAAGAUAGAUCUGAAUGUCCAGUGGCACUUGCUUCAAGAUCACCGAUGAGCGCAGAACACAACUAUACACAGAUCAAUCGAGAGGCUCUUAGUGCAAUACAGGAAGUAAAGGAAGUUCCAUCAUGACCUCGACUAGUCACAGACCACCAGCCCCUUGCAUCCAUUUUCAAUCCCAGUGAUGACUGCCACCCAGUUAUACUUUUCCAAGGAACCCACUUUCAAGACAUAGAGUUCAACACUGACGGCUCGUCACAUCUUCUGCUGUCGACAACUGGAGCAGGAAAGUAUUCACUCUGUGACCCAGCAAAAGUGAACCACUUGCUAGUAACAAAUUAUGAAAUGCAAAGGAAAUGAGGAACAACCUGACUUCUCAUGGUAACCCUGUGUUUCCAGAGUUCUCAGGGAGACGAGACCAGCUGUGUACGUCUAAGAAUGCUGAUGUGUGGAUCUUGUGUUGUGGUUCCCUCUAAACAGCACACCAGGGUGUUAGAGAAUUGGCGUGAAGGACACCUACGCACAGUGUCAAGCUGAAGCGUCUCACCUGUAGCUACAUGUGGUGGCCAUGAAUAGAUAAAUUGAAUGCUUCCCCAAAAGCUGUUCGGUAUGGACCUUAGCGCCUUUAUACCUGUAGGGGUGGUCAUAGUCACCAUGGCAAAGAGUACAUAUUGACUUUGCAUGGCCAUUCAUGGACUCCAUGUUUCUGAAUGCUGUGGAUGCUCAUUCGAAGUGGCCAGAGGAAAGACUGUCUCCACCCUGAGGUCUAUCUUCUCAAGAAAUAGCUUACCCAAACUGUGAGUGACAACAGAUCAUAAUACAUGUCAGAAGAGUUCAGACUAUUCAUGAAGAAAAAUGGCAAAAAAAAAAUUCAAGUCAGUUCCUCAGCACCCGGCAAUGGAUGGGUCAGAUGAAAGGUUUGUCCAAACCUUCAAAAAGUCUUUUAAAGUGAUGAACAAGGUGGACAACUUUCUUUUUGUGUAUCGGAACUCUGUUCAUGCAAUGACAAAUCAAACACCUGCAAUGCUGUUCAUGAGCAGGAAUCUGAGAUCUGGCAUUGACCUCCUGAAACCAGAGCUACGGAAGGAAGUGCAGAAUAAAAAGUUCAGUCAGGUCCCGGGUAAAACGGCAAGGAGCUUUGAGGUUGGACAGGAAGUCCUCACGUGUGAACACCGAGAAGACAAGUGGACACCUGGUAGGAUAGCUACAAGAACUGGACCACUGUUGGAUGUUGGAGAUCAAACAUGGAGAUGUCAUGUGAACCAGAUACUGGAUGCUCAGCCGACGAACACAUUUGGGCCGUCUAUGUCCAAUGAGACGGACACAUUGCAUCCACCGGACUUGCCUCUCUGUGUUGAUCGUGUCACUGACAGCAACGUGACACUUACAAUGGAGAAAGUUGUCUUUGAUAAGACAUCUGUCAAACCUGAUGCCACUCUACAGGUCCAGAGAUGCUAUCCUGAAGAAAACAGCACCACCCAAAAUACUGUGAAGUGAGAUAUGGGUUGUUAUCUUUAAAAAAAUCCAGCGAACACUGUUAUUGUGGAAGCAUGUUUAUUUGAGCGUGCUCUGUUAAAGGGAAAUUGAAUGCUUUGUUACAUAUACAGUUUUAUGGUACAUUUAAUCUAAAGGGGAAGGAAGUGUAGUGUACAGAUCUAUUUCUUUUAGCACUGAUUAUUGACUGAUAACUUACCCACGGGCAUUGAUUCGUAGCUCUCUCUGCAGAUAUUCUAAUCCACCCCUUAUUUCGUCAUCUAUGUCCACAGGCAGGCCAAUUUUGAGUUCACACAGCCAAGUUUCCUUGGAUCUCGUACUUCAAUUAAAAACUUGCUUUGCAGGAAUGCAGCAUGAGGAAGACAAGCUUAAAUAUAAUUUUUUUUAACUAUAUACAAAAUUAUACAUAAUUGUUCCACACAACUGGAACAAAAAGAAGUCUGUUAUUGUGCCAAGUGGUCAUAAUGUGGCUAGACUAAGGUAGCAAUAAGGGUUUUACAGGUUGGCUUAAGAACCGAAUGGUUAAAGAGAAGCAGCUGUUCUUGAAUCAGAGAUUAAAAGAUGAAUAAAAAUUAGCUUUAUUGUCAUAUAUACAUUAAAUCAUUGAAACAUCAUUGAUGCAGCUCUAUAAAACUCUGGUUAGGCCACACUUGGAGUACUGUGUCCAGUUCUGGUCGCCUCACUAUAGGAAGGAUGUGGAAGCAUUGGAAAGGGUACAGAGGAGAUUUACCCGGAUGCUGCCUGGUUUAGAGAGUAUGCAUUAUGAUCAGAGAUUAAGGGAGCUAGGGCUUUACUCUCUGGAGAGAAGGAGGUUGAGGAGACACGAUAGAGGUAUACAAGAUAUUAAAAGGAAUAGAUAGAGUGGACAGCCAGUGCCUCUUCCCCAGGGCACCACUGCUCAGUACAAGAGGACAUGGCUUUAAGGUAAGGGGAGGAAAGUUCAAGGGGGAUAUUAGAGGAAGGUUUUCUACUCAGAGAGUGGUUGGUGCGUGGAAUGCACUGCCUGAGUCAGUGGUGGAGGCAGAUACACUAGUGAAGUUUAAGAGACUACUAGACAGGUAUAUGGAGGAAUUUAAGGUGGGGGGGGGGAUAUAUAGGGUCAGCACAACAUUGUGGGCUGAAGGGCCUGUAAUGUGCUGUAUUGUUCUAUGUACUACAGUGAAACAUGUUGUUUGCGUCAACACCCAGCAAGCUCACAACUGACUAACACCGACCCUAAUCUUUGGAAUUUGGGAGGAAACCGGAGCACCUGGAGGAAACCUAGGCAAUCACAGGAAGAAAAUACAAACUCCUUACGGACAGCGCACCUGUGUCAGACAUGGAGGGAAGGGAGCAGUGCGGCCACAGUGGAGAAAGCAGUCGGGCCAAGACCGUGGCCAGUUCACACGAUGGCUCCUCUCGAGUCAUCAAUGUCGUCUUCCUAAUGCUCCUCAUCGACCUGCUUGGGUUCACUCUCAUCCUACCACUUCUCCCCUCCAUUUUGGAUUACUAUGGAAAAACUGACCAAGACGACUCUUAUCGAGUGCUGCAACGUUCAGUGGAUUGGUUUGCAGAUGUAAUUGGGGUUCCCAGUGUAAGAAAAUAUAACACUGUCCUCUUUGGGGGACUCAUUGGAUCCAUCUUCUCAGUGCUACAGUUCCUCGUGUCUCCCGUAACUGGCGCUGCCUCUGACUACUUUGGCCGCAGGAUACUGAUGAUGGUGACCAUGGCUGGGCUCCUAGUUUCAUAUGCACUCUGGGCUCUCUCAAGGAACUUUGGGAUCUUCCUCCUGUCCCGAGUAGUGGGUGGAAUCAGCAAAGGGAAUGUCAGCUUGUCCACGGCAAUCAUUGCUGACCUUCCGUCUCCCCAGGCACGCAGCAAAGGCAUGGCAAUGGUUGGCGUGGCUUUCUCUCUGGGCUUCACCAUUGGACCCAUGAUCGGAGCCUUCCUCGGGAUGCGGGCUGGCAAAGACGAAGCCUUCUACCUCCAACCCGCGCUGCUGGCCAUGGCCCUCGUGGUGUCGGACCUGCUCUUUGUCUUCUUCUUCCUCCCAGAGACCCUCCCGAGAGAGAAGCGGAUCUCCUCAGUCUCCUCCAUCUUCCAGAAUGCCGUGAACCUACUCAGCCCCGUGGCACUGUUCCAAUUUUCCGCCAUCCAACAAAGGAAGGACUCUCCCUCUCCAGAAGGUAUGAAGGCUCUGAAAGUCCUGGGGCUGGUGUACUUCCUGUACCUCUUCCUGUUCUCUGGACUGGAGUACACCCUCAGCUUCCUCACUCAUCAACGCUUCCACUUCGACAGCAUGCAACAAGGGAAAAUGUUCUUCUUUGUGGGAAUUACGAUGGCAAUAGUCCAGGGAGGAUAUGCUCGGAGGAUUAAACCUGGAAACGAGGUCAAAGCGGUGAAGAGGGCGAUAUCUCUUCUGAUCCCGGGUUUCCUCAUCAUCGGCUGGACCAGUUCAGUGAUGCUCCUGUAUAUUGGGCUCCUCUUUUACUCGUGCGCUGCUGCUGUUGUCAUUCCCUGCCUAUCUGCCGUGGUAGCCGGAUAUGGUGCAGCCAAUCAAAAAGGAACAGUAAUGGGAAUACUUCGUAGUCUGGGGGCUCUAGCCCGAGCCUUGGGACCAACCUUAGCAGCUACAGUCUACUGGCUGGGAGGCGCUGAGCUGUGUUUCACCAUGGCAGCCGCUGGCUUCCUCCUCCCUCUCGCACUUAUUUCAGUUCCCAAAGCAAAGAAAAGAGAGUGAUGAGAACCAGAGGAUGGAUACUUUGACCUAUGUAAACGUCAAGAGGACAGUACAGAUUCCCUUUAAGCAACCGCGGGCUGUGUUUAAAGCAAAUUCUGGUGGUUGAUCUUCAACAUCUCCAGCUGAGAAUAUCACAGCAUAUGAAGAUCAGGAAACUGCCUCCAGUAGAAAUGUGGUGUUUAUUAGAUGAAGUACCGAGAACUUCAGGAAAGUAACUUGUUAUGGGGCUCUUUCUUUCUCCUUCCUAUUGAUGCUGUGUGUGUAUGUAUUUAUGGAUGUGGUCUGCGUGUACGUGUAUGGUCUGGUUGUGCAUGGGUGGGUGGUCUACAUCCCCUCCUUGGGUGGAAAAGUGCCACAGUGGAAACUUGCAUUAUCCCAUCUGGAAGUUAACUGUUGGAUUUGGGUGGUUAAUAAUCAGUGGAUCAUUAAGAGUUUCCUUACAUCUGGACCCUUUUGUUUAUCAUAUUACCCAAGUUCGGUUACUCCUGAAUUUGGUUGGAAUGAGAUAUACUCAACAUCCAGCUACUGAUAUAAUGUCCCAGGAGGGUAAAGUAAUGGUCACAAGCAAAACUGUUCCAAUUUGGAAUUAGAAAAUUAAACAUUUGCAGGAUUUUUCUCUUAUUUACCACUUUUUAGAACAUGAGUUUCAGCCUAACACUAGAGACAAGUUCAAAUCUCCAGUGAUAGGUACAGAAAUUGCCUUCAGGAACACUAGUAAUGACAACUCUCCAACAACUAGAUUGUCAUAAAGUCUACAGGGAAAGAAAUCUGCUCUUAAUCUGAGACCAGAUCUUUAAAUUCUGUUCAAAGUUGAUUCUGGAUGAAUCCUAAAUGCUAACCUUGACAGCAAAGCCAGGUGUCACCUUCCCCCACUACCCGUAAUCACCACCAACUUCCAUCACUGAGUGGUAAGCUGUGCCUUCAGAUGUCUGUGUGCUUGAACUCUUUUUGCCUUCAUUAUCAAUCUCUGGCCAGUACUUUAUUCACACCUCUUUUGACCCAAUUUUAUAUCUGUGGAAAUACCUUGAAAGUUGCUCCGACAAUGCAAAUGACUGCUUUCCAGGUGUGUGUGCGCGAUGAAAUCAAUACCAUUUUUUAAAAAAAGCGAGAGAUUUCACACAUGCAAUAAAUCUGCUGAAUCUCAGAGCACAGGUUCUCUGAGGCUUGAGAAUCCGCAACUUAUGUACAGCCGGCACACACAAACAAGGGUCUGGGAAACCGGCAGGAUGGAUUUAACAAACACUUGCGUCUCUUGCCAUGUGGUUCUGACUUGUGAGGUGCUCAGGUUACAAACAGCUCAUAGGUGUGCAACUUUGCCUUAACCUGGCAAGGCCCUGUCCAGCAGUUUUUUUUGGAGAAAGCCCUGGAGCCAAAAGAAGGUAGUUUUCUGGUGAAAAUGUCACUUGUCUUUGGUCAUUUUACUUUAACCCAGUGGGACCUCCUAUUAACACGUUCAUAGUUGAUGAAAUGUUUACUUAAAAUGUUCACACAUUAGGAUACUCUUUAAUAGUGUCUUUGUUCUAUCCUGAAAUCAAAUGUAUUUUGUACAGAAUUUCAAAUAAACUUCAAAUAUACUUUAUGGACAAGACAAUUACUUUUAGGAACUAUCCUACUUCAGCCAUACAAAUUUUGGUCCUUCCUGCUCACUAAUCACAGCUGAAAAGGGUCCUGCUGUAGGGUCUUGGCCUGAAACUUUAUUCCUCUCCAAAAAUACUGUUGGACCUGCCGAGUUUCUCUAGCGCUUUUCGUGUGAUACCUUCAG